UCUCUGUCUGUGCACAUUGUUCGCUGCAUUCUGACCUCACUGGGAGCUAUGAGUAAAUAUUCGGUGACUAGAGCAUUUUUGGCGAAAGCAUCGGCCGGAGACGAAUGCAAAGGAGAGCAUCUGAAUUUAUAGUUGUUCCAACCGAUGGGAAUCUCAAAAAAAGAAGAAAGGACUGAAGGGCUGGAUGUGUUUGUCUUCCGCCGGGUUUGCCUGCUGAAUAGAGUACUCCGCCUGCCUUCAGAGGAUCGGACCGUUUCUACAAAUUAGCGGACCCGUUGCUGUUUAUAUAACAGAUCGACGAGAAUGACAGAGUAUAAGCUAGUCGUGGUGGGAGCUGGUGGUGUAGGCAAGAGUGCCCUGACCAUCCAACUGAUCCAGAACCACUUCGUGGAUGAGUAUGACCCCACCAUUGAGGACUCCUACCGAAAGCAGGUUGUUAUUGAUGGAGAGACGUGUCUGCUGGACAUCCUGGAUACAGCAGGCCAGGAGGAGUAUAGCGCCAUGCGGGACCAGUACAUGAGGACAGGCGAGGGCUUCCUCUGUGUCUUCGCCAUCAACAACACCAAGUCCUUUGAAGACAUUCACCAGUACAGGGAACAGAUCAAGCGGGUGAAGGACUCAGAUGAUGUGCCCAUGGUGCUGGUAGGGAACAAGUGUGACCUUCCGGCCCGCACAGUGGACACACGGCAAGCCCAGGAGCUGGCCCGAAGCUACGGCAUCCCCUACAUUGAGACCUCUGCCAAGACACGGCAGGGAGUGGAGGAUGCCUUCUACACCCUAGUUCGUGAGAUCAGGCAGCACAAGCUGCGCAAGCUCAACCCUCCGGAUGAUGGUGGGCAGGAUUGCAUGAGCUGCCGCUGUGUGGUCGGUUGACCAGCACAAGAAAGAGUUGUUCAGAGUUGUGUGCAGCUAAUGGACUUUUAAGUAAUGAGCAACUGCUAAAAAGAAAAACACCAACAACUUGCAAGAAAAUCAUUAGAUGAGGCUAAACCAUUAGUGCUAGGGGAAGAGGGAAGAGAAUCUUGCCUUUUUUGGGAUCUCCAUUUUUUUUUUGCCAGGUUCAUACUACCACUGACUUCUUUCUAGAAAUUGAACACUGGUUGAAAUUAAUCACUUAAGUUAUUGUCCCACAGGUUCCACAUCAGUCCCAACACUGACUAUGUCACCCUUCACACCCCGCUUUGUCUAGUCCACUCUACCUGCUCCCCCCUAUUAGCAAGCACCAGUCAGCUGGCUCCUCACCCUGACAUUUCCAUCAAACACUCUACCCUACACUGAACAUCGGACAAUCCCAUUAAAGAAUAGGGGUUUAAUCCUGAAA